AUGUCAGACACUGUCGACGCCUUAAAACGUGACGUAGACGGUAUAUCCCGACUGUCCGACACUGUUGACGCCUUGAAGCGCGACGUAGACGAUAUAUCCCGACUGUCCGACACUGUCGACGAUUUGAAACGUGACGUGAAUGGCAUAUCUCGACUGACUGACACUGUUGACGCCUUGAAACGCGACACUGACGGAAUAUGCCGACUGUACGACACUGUCGACGCCUUACGACGCAACAUGAACAACGAGGGAAACUCCACAGCUGCAAAAAUGGCGUGUCUUAGCGAGAAAGCCUCCCCAGUGCCCUACUCCGGCUGUAAGAAUCCUGCCAUACUCAAAGGAAACUCCGGUACUUUUACCUCCCCUGGUUACCCGAACAACUACAAUAACAACGCCCGGUGUUCCUGGACAAUAACUGUCUGCAGUGGAAGGCGGGCCGCCAUCAGGUUUAUAAGUUUGGACUUGGAAAAACAUCCUGACUGUAAUUAUGACUCCGUGACGGUGUAUGAUGGCCUCACCUCCAGCGGCAAACAACUCGGCAAGUUCUGCGGCACCAAGGGCCGGGACGUCGUGGCCAGUGGGAGGACCGCCCACAUUAUCUUCACAUCCGACGCUGCCAAAACCCGUACCGGAUUUUCCAUUAAAUUUUCAG